CAGCCCCUCAAGGCAAAAGGGGCAAGAUCAGGAUUUUAACAGGUCAACAUUGAUCACCAAGACCACCUGAAAAGAACAAUAUUAAAACAAUCAGUUGUAGUUAAGACUGCCAUUCAGCUGCAUAUGAGGUAUUCCUGUCUGCUGUAUUAAAAGCAAUAAUUAAUGAGUCGCUCAGAGAGGGAACCGGCCUAUUGACAAACCAGAAUCAUGCUGUGAUUAAUUAGGGGAAAGUCUUUACAGCUUCGGAUCCCGCAGGCUGGAACAAUCAACACCGUCCCAUCAAAGUGCCACAUGAAGCUAAACGUGGAAGCAAAAGCCUCUCAAGCAGAAUCUUAUUGUUAAAGUCCUGCAAACUACUUAUCACGUUUUUUGUGACGUUUAUUUAAGUUAGCAAUACAAGCUUGCUCUAGUCAUGCUAACUGGUAUGGUGGAAUUCAACCUUUAAGGAAAACCAGAACUUUAAGCUAGACAUCUUGUGUAAGUGAAUCUCCAAUUAACAUGGUGUUGAAAAUCUGGCCCUAUGAAUAAUAAAAACAGAUUGUUUCUGUUCUCAUCUGUUCACACCAAGUAACAUCAAACUGUUAUGUGCAAAAUGUUAAUCCAACUUGGGCUUCAGGCUACAAGUCACAAUGAGAUCUUUGCUUCUUCCCAAAGAAUUGCAUUCAGGUCUUCACCGCUCUUGCAGCUGAAUGCAACGAAGUGCUUCCAGCUUUGAUUAGUUGGUGUCAAUGCCGCUAUGAGUAUUAUAAUGGAUGAGGCCAGCUUUGAGGUCCCCAGUGAGAGUUCUGUGCUCUAUAAAACCACGCUGUUCCCCGAGCCACAAACGACCACUCAGAAAACCUGAUUGUACACAUCUACAGAAACCGGAGGGAGAAAACUUUUACUGGCUGCUACUUUUAUAUUACACACUGAACUUGUGGGUUUAACUCACUGCUGGGCAGCAGCUAGCAGCCAGAUUUGCAAAAACUAAUAGGAGUGAACAGACACAUUAGUAGACACUUGUAGACACCGAAAGGAUGAACGGUGAGUUUUUUCUACGUAUUGUAUUGAUGACAUGAUCUGUGCUCAUUAUUUUACACUAAGCUCCCCACUAAGCUGGGGAGCUGACCUUGAGCUGCUUGGAGAAUUUGGAAAAAUGUAACAAUGUACAUGGAUGUUUGCCUUUUUUUCCUCUUAGGUCUUGCACUGUCCCAGAGCUAUGAACUUUCAUUGCCUGGCUGCACAGAUGGAGGGGCACUAUUCAUCACCAAGGCCCCCCAAGUCUGUGGGGUCAGAGUUCAACUUGAGAUGCAGGCACUGUGGCGGCAGUUUGACCAGCUGGGCACAGAAAUGAUAGUUACAAAAUCUGGAAGGAGGAUGUUUCCAACAUUUCAGGUGAGAAUCUCUGGAAUGGAUCCUUCAGCCGAGUAUGUACUGCUCAUGGACUUCAUCCCUGUUGAUGACAAGAGAUACAGAUAUGCAUUCCACAACUCCUCAUGGUUGGUAGCAGGGCGAGCGGAUGUUGCAGCACCGAGCAGGAUGCAUUUCCACCCAGACUCACCGGCCCCCGGAGCCCAGUGGAUGAAGCAGACAGUGUCGUUUGACACUCUCAAGCUCACCAACAACCUGCUGGAUGACAAUGGACAUAUGAUUCUGAACUCCAUGCACCGUUAUCAGCCACGCUUCCAUGUAGUGUAUGUGGACCCAGCACCCAACAGUUAUUUAAACGCCUACAAGAACUUUUGCUCUUUCUCCUUCCCUGAGACACAAUUCUUGGCCGUCACCGCCUAUCAGAAUCACAGGAUAACUCAGUUGAAAAUUGCAAGCAACCCAUUUGCUAAAGGCUUCAGGACCACAGACCCACAGGCAUGGGAAAGUAAUGCAAGCUCCCUUGCAGUAUCCUGUCCACCAGAUGGCGGUACAGAGCCCCUCGUCAUUAAACCUAAAGAUCAGGGUCGUUUAAAGCCUUCACCCAGACAGACGAGUUCAUCCUCUGUGCUGCUACAGGAGUGUGAGCUGCCUUACCAAAAGGAGGACUCUGUGGAAGUCACCAUGGAGAGCAAAGAUGGGAACAGUUUAACAACAUCUGCACAUUUCCUCCAUAUCCCUGUGUACUGGGAUUGCACUGGAUCAUCUCACUAGAAAGUCAACCUGUUGCAAAGCAAGCAAACAAAAAACAAUUGUUCCAAUUAGCCCCUUAACAUCUGGCUUCUUUCCUUCUUAAAUUUAUGGAUAUAAUAUACUUGCAGUAGUUGUAUUUACUGGCCUCCAUGACAGACCCUUUAAAUUACUUAUUAAAUCCUUUGAAAACAAGAUGUCAGGGGUGGCAUUGUGACAUAAAUUAUUAAUGAUGUCACUGAAAGUACUCAGGAGCCACAGAACAGAGGUUUACUUCAUAAUAACAAUGACAUAACAGACAUUAAAAUCAGCUAAUACAGUGCUUCUCAAGAGUAUCCCACCUCUUAAAUUACAACUUUUUUGUUUUGUCAAAAACAGGGAUUGCCAUAAAUGAUUCCAAAUGCCUUUCCACACCUAAUUUAUUAUUAUUAUUUUUUAAGUGAGAAAGAAACAAAACAAGAAACAAAUCUAUUAAAAAUGUAGAAAUGAGUAAAUAAAUAAAGGCACAAUAUCAUGGUUGUAAAUGUGUGUACACCCUGAAACUGAACUGUUGCUGAAGCACCUUUUGAUUCAGUUUCACAUUAUGUCAUCUCUUGUCCAAAUUAACUCUGGACUUUGACUAGGCCAAUUCAAAGCUUUUAUUUUCCUUUCCUAAAUUGUUACUUUGUUGAUUUGGAUAUAUGUUUAUGCUCACAGCAAUGCUAAAAACUAAAGCUUUAUAGCAGACACCUGAAAGUUUUAGGCUAAACCUGACCGGUAUUUUGGCCAAAGCCUGACUGAAACUGUUUUCAUCCAUCCUGAUGAAAGAUUUCUGUUCCAGCAUGUUACUACCCUGCAUAUUUCACCGCAGGGUAGUGAAGUGUUAUUUUGGUGAAGUGCUGUGUUGUUUUUUCAGGACCCCAUGACACAUUCUCUACAGUUUCUCUACAAUUUUUGCUAAUUCCAUAUUUUUCCUUGAGUCUGUGUAUCUAAAUCAAAAUAACAACAUAUAAAUAUUCUGGAUUACUAUACUGUAUUAAUUUUUUUUUUAAUUUUUAGGUUUAAUUUAUAAGUAAAGGGCUGACACCAAGUUCAUUUAAAUUAAGCUCGUCAUCACUGUGAGAGGAGAAAGACAUCAGUAUUAAUAUGUGUGUGUAAUAAAAACAAUAACAACAAUAAAAACAACUAACGUAUGCAUAUAUGUAUGUCGCCCUGAUUUUGCUAAUAAGUAUGUCAUAAUAAUAUUAAAUAUGAAAUAUGUAUCCCUUUAAAACUAUAGAGAGGAUGAAAGAGAAUGGGGAAAUCCUUUGAAGCCAAAGAAGUAAGGCUAAGAACGUCAUUACCCAUGAUGCCGCUCUUCUCUGGACGUUUCUUGGAAGGGAGGGGAGAACUGAAAAGCGAUUUUGCUUUCAAAAUAAAAUACAACAAAUGUUCAGCAAUUUUUUUUUUACAAUGUUACAGUGUAGCAGUUUAGAUAUUUCAUUUGUUAAUGGAAAAGUGGAAUUAUUGCCAAUAUGUUUUAUUGGGUAUUGGAUCAGCAGUCAAUAAUAGCUAAAUAUAUUUUUUCCUUCUGUUUGCCAUAUUUUUGGGGUCUAUUCAUUGUCUAUUGUAUGGGCCAAUAGACAUAAUUUAAUAUGGGGACAAUCUGAC